AUUAAUACCCAUGAUGUUGAGAUGAGAUGUUCGAUGAGCAGGUGUCCACAUACUUUUUGUCAUGUAGUGUAUCUUCAGAUAUCUGAGUUGAUAUGAACCGUAGUAGAGAGGAUUUUAGUGGCUGCUAGCUACCAAAUAGAUUAACUCUCACUGUUAAAUAGAUAUACAAAAAGCUUCUGUAAAUUCUAAAUAUUGCUCCUGUUGCUUUUAAGUACAUUAAAGAACGAAGUUACACAAGAGGUUGGUUGAUCUAGGGCGCGUCCCAAUUGGUGCCCUGUUCCCCACAUAGAGCACUACUUGGUCAAAAGUAGUGCACUAAAUUUGGUACGUAGCCCUACUCUGUAAAAUAUUUUAAAAUGAUAUUUCUGCGUGUGCCUCAGUACCUGCUUUGACUUGCAAGACGAUGGAAUGAAAUGGCUGAUAUAUUUCAGCAUAGAGCACAGCAUCCAAUGGACGUUUUUAGUUUUAAAUAGUAAAGGACUGUGUGAAGACUCUGCCUAUGGAGGAUCGGAUGACUUGACUGUGUGACUACAGGAUUGAUUGUGAUUCGUGGAUAAAGAAUGGUUAAUCAUUUUGGUAAUUUGUACAUAUAUUUUUUUGCAUAUGAAGCAUUUUGUUCCAUGAUCGAGGAUAUGCUUGAAUGAAAAUGUCUCUAAAUAACUAAAAGCUGAUACCAAAUAACUCACUGCUACAUUGUGUAAGAUCUUUCACUUCCCUUUUUGGUGAUUGUUUUCUUAUGUUUUUAUUAUGGAACCAUGAUGGCAGAGCUGGUACCGUGACAACAGUACAACCUGUCGACCUCAUGCUCAGCCACUAAUGAGUGUUCCGAAACUUGUAAUUGACACCCCCCCCCCCAAAUGAAGGAAGUUAAUCACAAGGCUGGUCUCAGGACGCUGCAGUCAAACAGCUGUCAACUUCAGUUCCAUUUAUUUAGUUGGUGAGUAGGAUGCAUGGGGACAGCUGCCCAGCCUCAGUGAGUAUUUGACUGAAGAUGAAGAUUAUCUUUCUCUUCCUUCUUCUAUUAGAUGACCCUGAGAUAGAAGCACAACAGGGGAUGGUGGUGAAUGGACAAGUUCUGCUGAGAUUUAUAUUUCAUCCCUUCUACAAUGGUUAUGAGAAGUUAUGUUCUAAACUACAUCCUGAGAGAUUUCCUGUUGUGAAUACCAGAGGAUAUGUCAACGACUUCUACAAGGGAAGAAUAUCGACAACAGAAUACAACGGUGGGAUGGACGUUACGAUAUGGAAUUUAAAGCCUGUGGACGCUGGUGACUACAGGUGUGUUAUUGUCAACCGUGUGCAUCAUAUCUACUCUGACUAUCGCCUCCAGAUUGAUCAUGGUCGACGUAGCGGUCUUGUACCCCCUGGACCUCGUGUCAGGUCAACCAUCAGACCCUCCAUCUCAUCAUCAUCAUCAUCCUCCUCCUCAGACGCCUCUGUUUUCUACAAGCACCACAAUGACGGCCCCAGUGUUUCCCGGAGCUUUGGUGUACCGCUGGCUGCAGGUCUCUGCGUCACUAUGGUGAUUGUAAUCUGUUCGAUCGUAGUUGCUGUGGUUCAUCGCAAAGUCGAGGCGGAGAAGAAAUGUGGAGCAACUUCCAGUGACUCAGCAGCCCACACUCUAUCAUACAUCCCUCAAGAGGAGAGCAGUAUUAUCUACAUCACGGUGGACUUCAAACCUCAUGAGAACCACACCACAGAGCUGUAUGCUAACCUACAGACACUCAGCAGCCCCAGAGGUCAUGACCCUGACCCACACAGAGAGCCUGCUGGGACUGUGGUGUACUCCACACUGGCUAGCAACCAACGCUGAACUGGAUUGUUACGUAUCUGUAUCUUUCUUAGCCCAGUGGUCCCAGAUCUGUUUGUGCUGUCUUGAUAUGCUGUCAUGACCAAUCUGUAUGUUGCUUCAAUGUGGAUACUUAAAUAGGACAAAUGUGUUUAAAGCUAGAAUCCUUAGUUGCUACAUACAUUAAAAAAAAAUAUAUAUAUAUAUAUAUACCCAUUGAUUCUU